GAAGGCGCUGAAGCCCAUGCUUGCAUACAUCCACAGCCUGCAGUCAGCAGUGCUGUACAGACUCGAGUCCCACGCAGGACUAAAUAACGGUUAUAUCAACAGGACACUCACCUCGUUUUGUGUACAGCAGCUCUUCAGGUUACUGUAACCCACAGACGCCUUAGUACAAGAAUGGGAGGACAAGCAAAAGCCAAAAAGAAAAGCAAAUCUAAGAAGAAAGACAGCCGUGGAGUUUCAGGUUCAGGACACUCACUGCUGUCACCUCAGGAGAAGAUGAAGGCCAAGAUGCAGGAGAAGGCCAAGAAGAAAACAGCUGAAAAGUACUCUGUUGACCAGUUACUGGAGAAGACAGAGGAGUGUAUGGACAACUUUGACUUUCCCAUGGCAAAGAUGUUCUGUCAGCGUGCCCUGGACAUCGAGCCUACCAACCUGACCAUUCUGGACAUGCUGGGAAACAUCUGUGCUGAGCUGGGAGACAUGGAUAAAGCCAAACAAGUCUUUCUGAAGGCAGUGGAGCUGAGUCCGGAGGAAGGCCACAGCAAAUACAUGUACCUGGGGCAGAUCCACACGGGUAUGGAGGCUGUGCAGUAUUUCAGCAAAGGCCUCGAGGUCAUGCUCAAUGUCAUAGACAAGCAGACCCAGGAGGCCAGUGAUAUGGGAGCAGCUGCCAUGCCCUCGGAGCCUUCUGUUAGCAUGAAGGAUGUGUCUGUAGCCUUCUGCUCCAUCGCUGAGAUUUUCUUCACCGAUCUUUGUAUGGAGGAGGGAGCAGCUGAGCGCUGUAAGGAGGCCAUUGAGAAAGCUCUGCACUAUGACCAGCACAACCCCGAAGCUCUCCAGCUAAUGGCCAGCUACCUGUUCAGCGUGGAGAAAUCUGAGGAGGGCCGUGACUACCUGAUAAAGAGUGUGUCGUCAUGGUUACCGAGUCUACAGAAGAAAGAAGAGUCCCUGGCGAGUGCGGAGCAGCCUGAUGAAGAGGAAGAGCCGGCACAGAUGAUCAUCCCACCGUAUGAGUCCAGAAUCACGACUGCCAAACUGCUGAUAGAGGCUGAGGAGUUUGAGAUGGCCACAGAGGUGCUGGAGGGCCUACUAGAGGAGGACGAUGAGGUUGUUCAGGUGUGGUAUUUAUUGGGAUGGCUGUUUUAUCUACAACUAGACAAGCCAGACACCACAGAUGAUGCAGAGAGCGUCAGAAAAUCAGCCAGAACUCACCUAACCAAAGCAAAAAAGCUCUACGUGAAGCUGCAUUGUGAGGACCCUCCUAUGUUGGAACACACUGAGCAGCUGCUGGGAGAACUCGGAGGAGAGCUGGUAGCUGACGACGACGACGACGAAGCCGGACCCUCUGUAGACGACAUCGGAGACGACUUCAUCCAAAGCAGCGAGGAUGAGGAGGAAGACGAAGCCAUGGAGCACUGAAUGCACCCAUCUGUACCUGCUUCCUGUUUUUUU